CAGUAACUUCAGAAGGUACAGGGAAGUCAGUUCAAAAAGUUUCUCCCACCUUAAGUGACCUUCUUAGAGCACAGCACAAAGGCAAAGGAAGGGGGAAGCUGUGGGUUUCUGUUGCUGCUGAACUUUAAACAACUACAUCUUAUGUAGCCAUCUUGCAAGCAAUUACAGUUGGGUGAGGAGCUUAAAUACAAGCCAUGUGCAGGUUUCUCAGCAGUAUGAGGCUGCAGCUCAGUCCUGCAGCUUUUCAACAUUAAGACCCAAGUCUAUCCAACGUCCCCUGCCCCAGGACUCCAUGUGGUGGGGCCUGCUGCCUCUCCAGGGUCUCCAUAUUUGGAAAGAUGCACCUAACUGCACGGAGCCAACUCUGGGGAAAGUGGCUGUAGCCCCUCAGCUGGUACUGGGAAGAACCUUGCCCAGACAGAGGGAUUGCCCUGGGCCUUGGAGGAAGGGAUGGGCUUGCAUUUCAGUAAUUCCACCUCGCUGUCCAUACACAUGCACAUUGAACUGUGGGCAGGCAUUUAUUCAUACAGUUUUAAGAAGCCUAUUACAGGAGCAAUUGGGCUUGGAGAAUGUUGACCUCACACUAUUUUCCUGAAGACUGAUUUUGUUCACAGUCUACAGGAGGAUGGAAGGGGCAGGUGUACCUGAGCCUAUCAUCCCUAGUUUCUGGGUUGCAGGAAAGCCAAACCCCUGUCCCCAGCUGACGCCUCUUGGCUGCUUUCUGCUGACAGUGUGCUGGGGCACCGUGAGGGUGGCACAACCUGCAGAUCUCAGCUCUUGGCAUUGUUCCUGGGCCACCGGCAUUGCUGCAUGUGGAAUAGCCACACCACUAUAAGGUGGAUUGAAAACCUCAUGCAUGCUCUCCUGAGCCUUGAAGAACGCACAGGAUGCAAAAGUAACGAUGGGCAAGAAACUUCAGGAAGAUCUCUGUGUCAUUUGCUUACAGAUGCUGAAUUGCAGGGAGCUAUCCCACCCCACAAAGCAGCUGGUGCCUCAAGCUAGUGUAUGAAAAUAUAAGAACCUAAGCCAGGAGUCAUCCACAUUGUCCAAAGACAAGGAUGUAGCAUGCCUGCUGAUUUCCUUUAAGUGCCCCCUCCCACAUGCACACAGGUCAAAACUGAACACAGUAUGAGAUGAUCUCCAGUCAUUUGUUGGCUUUCAUCAACCUUUCCUCCAAUGACUCAGCAGUGAGCAAACACCUUCACAAACUGAUGCAUGUAGCAGGGAAGGAUAAAUAGGGAUGUGUAAAUAGAUAGUUUAGUUCUAGAUAGUGCCUCUGUACAAUCCCAACAAAAACAAAAGAAAACCCAACACACAAAUGUAGAAACAGACAUAGUAAAAACUGCCUCAGAAGUCUUCCUUCUAAUCUCUCCGAAUCAACAUAUACAUGCUUUGCUUAUUCUUGCAUCUCAACAUAGGAGCAAGCUGCCAAUCUGGUGCUUCAGGAAGUAUAGCUCCAUUGUAAAUAAAAUGUAUGCAGACAGCAAUAUCAAUGCAAGAUAAAACAGGGAAACAACAAACGCUAAGAGUGCUGGUUUGGGGGUGGAGGGGUAAAAAAAAUCCACAAAUGGGCAAAACCUUUAUUACUUUUAUGUCAGCUUUUUGUAAAUGGCAAAAGCACCUUAAAAUUUAACAUUGCAUUGCACACGUUUUUGUAGACCUGCCCAUAGGUUUCAGAUAGAUAAAGUGUGAUUAUCGGUUGGCAAAUAUAUGUGCAUGGGUAUAGAGAAGUAUAAUGGAAACACGUGGGUCCAAAAGGGCAUUGAAAUGCACUGCAGUAUUUCCAUGACCUUCAAUGCAGAGUACAAAACUAAAUAACUGAAGAUCAGAGAGAGUGCACGAUUUAUAACAUCUGUGAUGAGCGAUACUAUCUUUCCAGCUAUGUUAUCCUAACUAAACACUUGCAGUGGGAGAGAAACUCUUGUGUUCACAAGGAAUAAAAUCAAAUUUGCUAGUAAAUUCUAGAUCAGGAAUUUCCCUGCAUCAGAGUUGACAUCAAAGUACUGGCCUCAGUCAAAGUUGGCAUUCAAAGGCUCCCCCCCCCCCCCAAAAUUAGCAUGAAUAUAUGUAAGUGGGAAAGCAGGUAUUCCUCUUCCUGGAAGAACAGCAUGCACUUAAGUAAAAUGAAAAGGUACAGGGAUGGAGCUGAUCUAUCACUGCAGAAAAUCCACAGUUGCUCCCAUCCUUCUCUAAGCAAUUAUUUUUAAAUCUCAAGACCACCUUUGUUUGCUAGAAACACUGAUGUAAUUCAGAAACUGCAAUUUCAGGGCCUGUGCAUUUUCUCAGAAUCAGAAACAACACAGAAACUAAAACCAACUUAGAGAAGAAAUUAGAAAUGAAACUAGAUUGGGUAUUUUGCUUAGUGUCAAUUUUUGUCAGCACCUGGAAAAAUAGUUUAAGCAGAACCCACUGUAGUAACUAAAUGACAUUUCUUUCCCUUCCAUCAUCCAUGUUAACUUUGUAAAUUUUUUCAUUUCUCUUGAGGGGUAGUUAACCUUCAGUUUUUCUAACCACUUUCAGGGCGUUUGACCUUUUAAAAAAAGUAACUGAUGCCUUCUGAGGAAACAAUGCCCGUGGAAAGAAUGCGGAUGCGGCCAUGGCUAGAGGAACAAAUAAAUUCAAACAAAAUACCAGGCCUGAAGUGGCUAAAUGAGGAAAAAAAGAUUUUUCAGAUUCCUUGGAUGCAUGCUGCACGCCAUGGGUGGGAUGUUGAAAAAGAUGCCCCUUUAUUUAGGAACUGGGCCAUUCACACAGGAAAGUACCAGCCGGGAGUUGAUAAAGCAGAUCCAAAGACAUGGAAGGCAAAUUUCCGAUGUGCUAUGAACUCCUUACCUGAUAUAGAAGAAGUCAAAGACAAGAGCAUAAAAAAAGGCAACAAUGCCUUCAGAGUAUACCGGAUGCUACCCUUAUCCGAGAGGCCUUCUAAGAAAGGAAAGAAACCCAAACCAGACAAAGAAGACAAAGUGAAACAAAUUAAGCAAGAGCCAGAGGAAUCAUCUUAUGAACUGAGUAAUGGAACAAGUCAGGGGUUUUCCGAUUACUGCUUAUCUUCCACAAUAAAAACUGAAGUUGACAGUACAAUAAACAUUGUAGUUGUAGGAGAUACACACUUUGAGGUUGGUCCUGAAGAUCAUAUGAUUGUUCCCAAUCCUCCAGAUGUUUGUCAGGUGGUAGAGGUGACAACAGAAUGUGAUGACCAGCCCAGUAGUAUGAGUCAACUAUAUCCACUACAGAUCUCCCCUGUUUCUUCCUACGUAGAAAGUGAAACAACAGAUAGUAUCCCAAGUGAUGAAGAAAAUGCACAGGGUCAGCUUCAGUGGCAGAAGGAAAACAUUGGCGGCAAGCAAUACUAUAGCAACUUGGGAACAAGGAACCCCCCUUACCCACUUCCUGGCAUGGCUAGCUUUGUGACUUCUAAUAAACCUGACCUCCAAGUCACCAUCAAGGAAGAAAGCUGCCCUCUGCCUUACAACACGUGGCCUUCUUUCUCAGAGUUCCCUCUCCAGCAAAUUGUUUGUUCAGCUUCCACCAGUUACAGCAGCAGGCCGCCAGAUCAUGAGAACCGGGCAAGUGUCAUCAAGAAAACAUCAGAUAUUACUCAGUCGAGGGUCAAAAGCAGCUAAGCCGUGAGCUGGUAUGUUCUUGACAGAUCUUGUGUUGUGGCUUUGAGGAGCACAACUAAUGUACAUUCAACAAAGCUAAGGAAAAAGCCUUGAUAAAACAGAUUGUGACUGUGUCUAACUCCAGUACUGGAGCAUUUUAAACUCAGGACUCCAGCCAUCAGAAUGUAGACAUGAAUCAAGUUUGGAAUUCCAAGGUUACAGCCCAAGACAGAAGGCCCACAUUGGCAUGUUCCAGACCUUCACCAAGAGGACCAACAGCCCCCCCAUGGAGUUGCUGCACUUCUUGUAGUUGAGGCCGUAACGCAACUGAAAACCUUGGAAUGGAAGAGAAAAUGUGAACUAGCUGGAUUUUUUUCUGAACCUUUUGUGAAUAUGUACAUAGCGCAGUACUAGCAAUAUUGCAGUCUGCUUUCGCACCUUAUUAAAAAAAGCACUUGCAAAAAAGGCCUUCAUUAUCUCGCUCUAAUUAAUGGCACACUUAAGGCCCUUCCUCCUGCUCCCCAUGCUGUUUUUUUCCAAGGCUCAUCCAGCUAAUGUGGCCUUGCCUUGGACUAUGGAAAAAUGAAUUGAAUAGGAAGGUAAACUCUUCCCAUGUACAUUUCACAGAUUGUUUUCAAGAGUGCUUGUCUUAUACGUGUCUAAUCUGCUAUGCUUGAAAGCUGUGUGGUACAAUAGAAGAAAAUCUAUUACAGAUAUAUUAUGCAAAUUCCCAAGUUUAAAGAGGAAAAAAGAUACUCUAAUUCUAGCCAGAGUAAGCUUUUUUAUUUUUUUAUACAGUGGAAUAUUUUAUUCUAAGUAAAAUUCUAAAGUGAAUAUAAUUGUUUCAGGUUUUUUAUCUUUUCUACAGCAAAUUUAUAAUUUUACAAUUCGGUGUCUUGGUUGUCAGCAACUAUUACAUCUUUGUGGCACAUUUUCUUUUUUCUCUUUGUUUUUACAAUUUGUAAAGAUGAAAUAGCUUUUAAUGAAAUUUAUGUAGCAAUCAAACUAUCCUGUGGAUUGAUAAUAAAUAUUAUAUAUAGUUAAGUUUUUAAACAAA